AUAUAUAUAUAAGUAAGUGACUAUCGUUUUCAGUGACUUAUUGCAAGGCAAUCGCAGAAACAGAAUCUUAAAAUUCUUAUUAGUUGAAUAAGAAAAAUAAUGAAUCUUAUAGAAAAAGGAUCUGCCCUUUGGUACCUCCAAUAUUUUGGGAUUCCAUUAUCACUGGGAAUAGUAUUGUAUAAGAUAAUUAACAAUUUAUCUUUACGGAAACGCAGAACCACUUUGCAAGGAAAGGUGGUUGUGAUUACUGGUGCAAGCUCUGGCAUUGGAGAGGCUCUUUCCCAUAUAUUUUAUCAGCAAGGAUGUAAAGUAGUUAUGGCAUCACGAAGGAAAUCAGAACUGGAAAGAGUAAAGCAAGAUCUUAUGACGAAAAAAAUACAGGGAUUCAGUAUUGAGCCUACAGUCCUUGAAUUAGAUGUUGGGGAACUUGACCAACUGGAAGAUUUCGUGGAUAAUGUCCACAGUCUUUGCGGACAUAUUGAUAUAUUGGUUAACAAUGCAGGUAUCUCCCAUCGUGGAUCUAUACUGCAUACUAAACUUGAUGUUUAUAAGAAAAUUAUGAAUGUUAACUAUCUAGGGUCUGUUGGAUUAACAUCAGCUGCUUUACCAAAAAUGGUUGAAAGAAAAAGAGGACACAUAGUUUUCAUAAGCUCUGUGCAAGGAUUAAUUGGUUUACCUGAACGUUCAGCAUAUGCUGGCUCAAAGCAUGCAAUGCAAGCAUAUGCAGAUUCCUUACGUGCGGAAAUGAAACAACAUAACAUCAAUGUAUCUGUAAUCAGUCCUGGAUAUGUAAAAACUGCUGUUUCGAUUAAUGCUCUUACUGGAACUGGACAACCACAUGGAGUAAUGGAUUCAAGUACGGCUACUGGAUUUUCAGCCGACUAUGUUGCGGAGAGGAUAGUGGAUACUAUUGUUAAUAAAGAUAAUGAAUUAAUAAUAUCUCAGUUUAUGGGAAAUUUAGGAAUAUUUUUACGACGCACCAUACCAUCUCUAUACUUUUACCUUGCUGCAAGCAGGGCGGCAAAGACAUAACAAUGUGUUAAUAGUCUUUUAUUUAAAUUAAUUUGGUAAAA